GACUGUGUCGCAAUAAAUCAACUAUUAGGCUAAGUUCUGACACAUGUUAAUGCAUCCACACCACCAAGCAGGACCAUGAAUCUGACUGCCCAGGAUCACAGAAUUUCUCUGAGGGACGGGAACCGCAUCCCACUGCUGGGAUUGGGCACAUAUGGAGACCCUCGGACGACGCCAAAGGGGACAGCGCUGGAAUGCGUCAAGCUGGCCAUCGAGGUGGGCUACAGGCACUUUGACGGCGCCUUAGUCUAUUUCAAUGAACACGAGGUGGGUCAAGCCAUCAGGGAAAAGAUUGCAGACGGAACCGUGAGAAGAGAGGACAUUUUUUAUUGUGGAAAGCUGUGGAAUACCUUCCAUCCACCAGAACUGGUGAGACCGGCCUUGGAGAGGACCCUGAAGACACUGAAACUGGACUAUGUGGAUCUCUACAUCAUUGAACUUCCCAUGGCCUUCAAGCCUGGAAAUGAGUUCUACCCUAAAGACCAGAAUGGGAAGUACAUCUACCACCACACAGACCUCUGUGCAACAUGGGAGGCGUUAGAGGCGUGUGUGGACGCAGGUCUUGUGAAGUCUCUGGGGGUGUCCAACUUUAACCGCAGGCAACUUGAGCUGCUUCUCAAAAAACCAGGCCUCAAACACAAGCCCGUGUCCAACCAGGUGGAAUGUCACCCGUACUUCACGCAGCCAAAACUUCUGGACUAUUGCCAUCAAAAUGACAUUGUCGUCGUUGGCUACUGUCCCCUCGGCUCCUCCAGAGAUGAAUCCUGGGUGAACGUCAAGUGUCCCCCGAUGCUGCAGGACGAGCUGCUGGUGUCCAUCGGCAGGAAGUACAACAAGAGCAGCGCUCAGGUUGCUCUGCGCUUCAACGUGCAGAGAGGAGUGGUGGUCAUUCCCAAGAGCUUCAGCCCGCAGAGGAUCCGGCACAACUUCCAGAUAUUUGAUUUUUCACUCACUGAGGAAGAAAUGAAAGCGAUCGAAGGUCUGAACAAGAACAUACGUUUUGUGGAGCUCCUCAUGUGGAGCGACCAUCCAGAAUAUCCCUUUCAUGAUGAAUUCUAAUAUUACUGGGUGAUAUGCUUGCAUUACAAUUACAAAUAAGAAUCAUUUAAAAAAAAAAACAUGGGCGGCAAGUGGUGCCUUGUUGAUAAUACAUUACAUAGACACAACAUUAGGUACACCUGCAAAAAUAGAAGAGCUACGUCCACACUCAAAACACACUCAAACAUUAUUAUCUUUUAUAAAGGAAACAUUUGUGAUUUAGCUCUAGCAUUUAUGCCAUAACUGUCAUUAUAUAAAUAUAUAUUUAUACAUAUUCCAGAAAAUAAGGAAAAUUCAGCUGAUUUUAUUUAUUUUUUUUGAUGAAACUAGUUAAAAUACGGGAAACUAUUUAAAUGGACGGGUUGUCAGAUAUGAGUGAUGCUGUGCAAGUGUACCUAAUCAAGUGGCGGGUGAGUGCAUCUUUAUAGUCAGCACUAGAGGUCGCUAGCUGACAGCAAAUGAGCUCAAAUGUGAGCGUUGUUGUGGGGAUGCGCACUCUGAGAGGAUUAAAAACAAUUUGUGAUGCUGGUUGACUUCCUCGGUGUUCGAACUCCAAAACAGAUCCUUUCAGAGGAAAUCAUGUGAAUUCAUCUAUUCCAGAGUCAAACAUGUCACCAUAAUAAAACCUUUAGAACAGUCAAGGUGUUGAUUAAUUUAAAAAAUACAUUUUUAAAAAAUCAAAAUAUUCUUCAAUAUAUUUUUCAAACAAUAAAAGUAAUGAUAGUAACAAUAAUAAUAAUUCCAAGUAACCCAGUUCGCCCAAAGAAAACACACACACACACACACACACACACACAAUACCAUACCAAAGCAGCAUACGACACUUCCCACAACUCAUACACACAAAGCUACAACCAAGUGACCACUGUAUAAUGAAACUAAAACAAAGUAAAAUGACCCUUUGGGAAUGGGGAGGGAACAGUAAGAUGCAGAGCGAUACCGUCACCUAGUGGGCUUUUUUAGGUAUUGCUUGUAAUAUUAAGUGUUGUGUUCUCGUUCAGAAAAAAAGUCUUUUGGGCACAAGGCCUGGGGCGAUAACAAAUUCAUUACCUUGUAACAUACAAUAAAUGAAAGGUUCUGGAUGUUGAGGGACUGUCAUGGCUGACACGUCUCUUCAACAUUGCGUACCUCUGCACUGGCAGACCGGGGUGGUGGUCCCCCUUUUCAAGAAGGGUGACCGGGGGGUGUGUUCCAACUAUCGGGGGCUCACACUGCACAGCCUCCCUGGGAAAGUCUAUUCCAAGUGCUGGAGAGAAAGGUUCAACCGUUAGUCAAACCUUGGCUACAGGAGGGGCAAUGUGUUUUUCGUCCUGGUCGCGGAACACUGGACCAGCUCUACACCCUUGCAAGGGUACUUGGGUGUUUGCCCAACAGGUCUACAUGUGCUUUGUGGACUUGGAUAAGGCUCAGAGUAGAGCCGCUGCUCCUUCACAUCGAGAGGAGCCAGUUGAGGUGGCUCGGGCAUGUAGUCCGGACGCCUCCCUGGUGAGGUGUUCCAGGCAUGCCCAGCCGGGAGAAGGCCCCAGGGCAGACCUAGGACACGCUGGAGGGAUUAUGUCUCAUAUGCCCCCACGGCCCGGACUUGGAUAAGCGGAGGAAAUUGGAUGGAAUAAAUGAAAUUGUGUGUUUGUUUUCCUCAUCUCCCGCCUCCAAACAGGCAGGAAGGGAGUUCAUUCUGUGCAUUGCUUUUCAGCUCCUUGACACGUUUGUUUCAUAGAACAAUGGCGUGAACGGAGUGAGCCCUUUUGUCAGUCAUACAGUCCCUUUGUCUCAGUGGGUGGAGGCGGGGCCGCUAGCAUGCACAGAGAGUGCAGAAGACUGUAAUGUAAUAGAAAUUAAAUCAGUAGAUUGCAAUAUAUUCUCAUAUUUUUUCAUUGGACUUAGAAAAAUUUAAAAAAAUACAAAAAUUAAUGUUAAAAUCUCAUCUCGUCCCGUUCUCAUAGGUCCAAUCUCGUAUGUUGUCUUGUCUUGUGAAGGGAGUGUCUUGUGACACCCCUUUUAUUUAUUCAUUAAUUGUAUUAGUCAUAUUGUACUGAGCAGCAGAUCUUAUGUUGCAGUUAGUUCCUUUUCUGGCUCUAUGGUUAUCAUCAUCAACUUUGCCAUCAUAAUAAAAAAGUCCCCGAAAAGGAAAUCACACACUGCAUUUUUUUUGUGCACUUUGUGGCGACUCUAAAAUGAUUUAAUAAGUUAAUUAGGUUUCCCGGCGCAAAAGGCCAGUUUCUCGGCUAUUGAAAGCAAACGUGACUGUGUCUGGAAUUAUAAUUUGAUUUUAGGUGGGGGUUGGGAGGAUUUCACACAGGGGAAAAAAAAAGCGGAACCGCAUGGCUGUGACCCCACCCCCACCCCCUCCUUUUUUGUGUACCACCAUACAAACCUUUGGGAUGGUGACAAACGCCAUGAAGCGCACCAUUCUGGACCCCUGUGGUGGGAAAAAAGUUGUGAAUGGUCACUGGGUCUGUGAGGGAGGAAUUUGUUUCAGGGUUUUAAGACUUUUUUUUCCCCCUCUAUAGAAAGAAGGACGCUCCAUCUUGUUGGGAAAUGUUUCACGAUGGUGGAUAUUUGACUGAAAAGAUAGUUGAAACAUUGGAAACGCUCCUUGUGAGCCUUUCGAGAUUUUACCAAGUGGGCCAAUGACACAAAACGCAUACAUCCGCCUCCCUUAACCCAAACCACACCAAUCUUGGCACCACAGGGGAAUGAGCCUCAUUCACAUAAUAUUUGUCUUAAAGCUCCGUAUUAUGCAACAGUAAAAUGUGUUUGCCGGCUCUGCCUCUGACCCAAAGCAGAUGAACUCACCCUCACAGAGGGGGGAGAAAAAAGCAGGCUUUGCUACGCAUCUUAAAAUGCAGCCCGGAACGCUGCCAACUAUCCGUUGGUCAGCUACGGACGUGGGAACAGUAGGUUUGAUCAUUUGUUUUUCUUCAGAGAAUAGGCUAACCUAGCAUGAUGUUCCUGUUAAAAUGUAAUGUUAGCACUUUAGCUCACAUAGCUAUAGGUUGUUGUAUGUGAUAUAUGGCAUCUACUGUGUCAGAAAAAUUUACAGUGUGUAUGUAAAAAGUACAGAAUAGCACAUCUUGGAGACGCAGGAGACAAACACAGCUCAUUAGCAUUAAAGCUACACACACACACAUAACGGUUACCAGUAGGGCUUACUAAAAGCUAGGGUUGGGGGAAAUAAUCGAUUCUUAAAUGCAUCACGAUGCGGACAUUGAAGAUUAUCCAUCGAUUUAUAAAUGUCAAGAAUCGGAUGCUGACGGAACAAAAAAAACGGACCAAAAAGUCGGAAAGAAGGUUUACGGUGGUGCACCUAAGACGCUACCAGAAUGGCUGAGCGUAAACUUCGACCCGCGCCUCAUGGAUUUAAAGCGAGCGUCUGGAGGUACUUUGGAUUUCACGUAGUGGAAGGUAAAAAUGAGCUGAACAAGAGCCAGACAAUAUUCAAGUUUGUCAUACAAGCUUAAACUAUUUUGGGAACACGACGAAUAUGAGAAACCACAUAGCACGUUUCUACCCGAACCAGGAGGAAAAACAGCCAGCUGAAGUUGCUGCCAACCAGAGAACCAUCGAGCAGGUGAUAACUAAUUCUCCACCCAACUCGGAACAAGCGAAACAAACCACAAAGUAAAUCGCAACUUUUAUUGCGAAGGAUUUGUUGAGAAGCAGGGCUUUCGUGGAGCCCAGAUACAAGGUCCCAUCGCAACCUUAUUUCACUGACAUUGCAAUUGUGAAUAAGGGCAGCCUAGUUUGUUGGGUUAUUCAUAAUAUACUGACGUCUGUAAGCAUUAUUUUUGUAUGAGUACAGAAAUACAGAAUACAGAAAUCUAUAUUUUGUAUGAAAGCUGUUUUGGAAUUUGCUAUAAAGCAAAAAUAUGAUUUUGUCAGACAUUCUGUGCUCAGGAGUUCAGUUUGAAUUCAGAAGUCUAUUAUUUAUUUGUGAAUAAUGGCAGAUUUCUUAUGUUGGUUACUCAGAAUAUGCUUUGUUCAUUUUCUACAUGCUGCUACUGGUGCACUGCACUUUUCCUGCUGGUUCUGUGCAAUGGGAAAUACUGUAUGUUAGUAGAUUCAUCCAUCCAUCCAAGCAGAGAUUCGAACCCCGGUCUUCCCGACCUCCUGGCUGUGUGGCGAACAUGGUAACCACUCGGCCACUGUGCGGCAUAUGUUGGUAGGUGUAACCUUCCAGUUAUUAUUUCAUGUUUAUAUUAAUUGUGGAUCAUUACAAAUAUGCUUUGUUUUAGUAGUACACAGUGAUUAAAAAUAAAUUAUACAGUAUAUAGAAAAAAAUUAUGCAUGAAAAAAUGGACAAACUAUUGAUCACAAAAAAAAUGCAUCGAGAUGCAUCGAUAAAUCGUUUUAUCAUCGCAUCACAGGCCUUUGAAUCGUUACCGCAUCGAAUCGUGAGGUGGCCAAAGACUCCAACCCCUACUAAAAGCACUCUGAAAUUGUCUCAAUUCUAGCAUCAAGGCUAACAUGCUUCCAAUGCACAAUUGAUAACAUAAAAAUGGUUGAAAAAUUAUAUAAAAUUGGUCCAUUAAAUUCUGCAUGAUUGAGCAAAAUAAGUCUUUAUUGCAUUAUAGUCAUCCCUCGAUCAUCGCUCCCUCACGAUCGUGGUUUUUCAAAAUGAAUUCAUACCUGAUUGUGGUUUCCUGGUUGACUAUUGGUAAAAAAAAAAAUGCAUAUUUUAGCAAAUUAUAUGUAUUUUUGGCCUAAAUUAAGCAUAUUCAAGCAUAAAAAUGUUCUAACUGAGCUAAAAUACAAAUUCAGUUUAAGGCAAUACAAGACGUUUAUGAACUGUAGUCUACUGGCCGCUAUUAAUCAUGAGUAGCACGCAACAGCCGAUCGCCAACGGCAGGCUUUUAUUUCAUAAUUGUCUCACAACAGGCACAAUAAAAACAAUACUAUAAUCAUCAUCAUAAUAACGUGGACUGCAGCUAAAACUGAACUCUGAAUCCCCGACGUGACUUCCUGUCCAAACGUCUGGAAGAUUUAUUGAAACGCACACGAGCAUGAAUCUUAUUUAUGUCUUAAAGGGCUUAUUUUCUCUUAUUAUGUCAACUAUAUUGGGUAAUAGAAGUGUAAAAGUGACUAUAGAGUUGUUAUUUCUUGUCUGGAGAGCUUAAAUAAUGGUUAAAAUCGUAUUUAGAAAGUUAACAGGUUCUCUAUGCUGUAACUAUGAAAAUAUUCUGUUUAUUAAAUAUUGAAUCCUACUUGUUGGUCUUGAACCAAAUUGCCGCUAUAAACGGGGAAUUACUCUCUACAGUUGUAUAAUAUUAUACACUUCUGAUCAAAAUUGUAAGACCGAUUGAUAAAUUGCAAGAAUUUACAUUUUGCACUGUUGGAUCUUAAGGAGGUUGUAAGUAGAGCUUUAAAAUGCAAAAAGAAGAAAUGGGAGUGAGCAAAAAAAAAUUGUGUAAGCAAUGUCUUGUAAACAAACAUUAAAGUGCAAUAGGCUGUUCAUCAGCUUUACAAAGGUUUAAGACCAUAGCUCAAAUUGAAAUAAAAUGUUGAAAAAAUCACAAUUAUGAGUAGUUGUCACCUAAAAAAUUAGUUUGGGCAUGCUUGUUGCUAGUGUUUCCAGGAGGCUAGUGUGAAUGUUGCUCCAGGUGGUGAAGAGAGCAUCAACUGUCUUGAUUUUUGUAAAAUUCCCUUGCCAUCCAUCCCUAAAUGUUCUCAAUUGGAUUUAGAUCAGGGGAACACGCAGGAUGGUCCAAAAGAGUGUGUUUAUUCCUCUGGAAGAAGUCCUUUGUCAGGCGAGCAUUGUGAACUGCAGCGUUGUCCUGUUGAAAAAGGCAGUCAUUACCACACAGACGAGGGCCCUGAGUCAUGAGAGAUGCCCCCUGCAACAUCUCCACAUAACCAUUUGCCGUUUGACACCCCUGCACAACCUGAAGCUCCAACAUUCUAUUGAAGGAAGAAGCAGCCUAGCUCAUGAUGGCGCCCCCUGCACUGUGGCGUGUGGAAAACAUCUCAGGUGGGAUCUCCUUGUCAUGCCAGUAACGCUGGAAGCCAUCUGGACCAUCAAGGUUACAUUUUUUUCUCACCAGAGAAUAAAACUUUCUUCCACCUUUCAAUGUCCCAUGUUUGGAGCCCUCGUGCAAAUUCCAGACGGGCAAUUCUGUGGUGUUUAAGGAGACAAGGCCUUUGAAGAUGUGUUUUCUUCUUGAAACCCUUCUCUCACAGAUGCCGUCUGAUGGUUAUCGGACUGCAUUCGGCACCAGUAACAACCUUCAUCUGGGCCGAGGAUGGCCCCAUGUCUUGACGGACAGCCAAUCGGAUCCUCCGGCUCAGGGCCGGUGAUAUUUUUUGGGUCGUAACCCUCAGGAUCUUUGAAGAAGUUUCAAAUGAGUGUCUUACUGCAUCCUGCCUCAGCAGCAAUGGCGCGCUGCGAGAGGCCUUGCUUAUGCAGUUCAAGAAUCCAACCACAUUCAAAAAGAGAAAGCUUUUUGGCUUUUGCCAUCAAGAGAUCAUGACAGUGUGAAUGAGUGUGAAGACAGAAAAUGACAUUGAAUCCACAUUUGUGUCAGGAUUUUGGCUUUUAAAGGUUGUGGUCUUAAAUUGAUGAACAGCCUAUUUCACGUUACGUAUUAAAUGGCUUACUGAAAAAUCUCACUCCCAUUUUGAAACUAUACUUAAAGUCCAACAGUACAAUGCAAAUGUAAAUUAUUGCAGUUUUUCAGCUUGUCUUCAAAUUUUGACCAGAAUAUAUGAUUUAAAGUGCCACUAUAUUUACAACAUUCCUAUUUUUUUCCUUCAGUGUGCUGUUCCUUCAGAAAAGUAGGAUUCAUGAAUGUUGCUUUCUUGUUGAAUUGUUUGUCCCUAUGAUGGUCCUAAUUAGCAUAAAUGCCCUUAAAAGGGCAUAAGACUGGAGCGUCAACAAUGCAGUUGUAUUUGCCGGCCAGUCUGUCUCCAGUUUCGUUUUUUCCUUAGCAUCCUUAGCAUAAUUUCCAUAUCUGGCAAAAAAGGGGGCAUGACCGAUGCUAAUUCGGAGCUACUGACUGGCUCAAGGGCAUAUGCCCAUGUGCACUUUAAGAACGUUUCAUGAAUCUCGGUUUUUCGAAGAGAACAAUCUUCCAGAACAUGUUGUUGAAU